CUACCCUCAUUUAAAUUAAGACCACAAAAAUAAUUUUAAAAAAUAAUUAUUUCAUUUUCACCAGCUUCCGAAAAUGAUGCGUUAAUAACAUAACCCAUUUUUCCUCAUACUUAUCAAAUCAUCGCUUUUCCUUCGUAGUUUAAUUUUCAGCUGCAAAAUAGAAUUCUACCGCUGCACAAGAGAAUUCUACAAACUAAUUAUCACUUCCAACAGAUGGCGCUGUUAAAACUAAGAGGUCAUGGGAAGGGUUGGACUUGAUUUAGUUUUCUUGUUUUAACUUUUUCAUCCUAAAGAGAGGAGCGAGGCAGAUAGUGAUAUAUGACAACUAAAGAAACUGAGGUGGUAAUGCUAUGUGCAAGUGUCAGAAUCUAGAAAAAGCGCUUCCAUUGUUGCUUUUCGGAUGUAUUUAAUUAUAUUUAUUUUUCUACCGUUUGUGCCUUGCUUUCGCCUUUAAUGAUUACUAGCCAGUGCUUUUGUUAGAAAUUUGUGAAAUGGAUCUAGUCAAUGCUUCCUUUCUAGGUUACGGUGCUCUAGUACAAUCAGGGUGUACAAUGCAUCCACUGUUUUCUACCACAUAACUUGGUUUGUGGGACGUGAUCAUGGGACAGUGUGUUAGUGUGCCUGAGAAAAAAUUAACCCUCAUGCGUGAAGGAUCUACUAAGAGGUUUUACCGUUCGAAGAAUGGUAACCUAAGUGCAACAUUCCAUGUUUUGGAUUCUGAUUUAAGGUGGGAUCUUCUAAACAUUAAUAGUGCCACAGAAGAACAGCUAAUGACUCUACCGGGUAUUAAUCGGGUUACCGCUGAAAAUAUAAUUGAAUAUCGCCAAAGGAUAGGCGGUUUCAAAAAAGUGGAGGACUUAGCUUUAGUGUCGGGUGUAGGCGCUACUAAAUUAGAACAAUUUAGAACUGAGAUCUGUGUCAACAGAAGACGAGGUAAUGGAAGCUAUAAUUCAUCGUUAACUCAAUCUUUGGAGUCCUUAUCAGUUAUUGACAAUUCAGUUCGUGCCACCCCAUCAAAAAUCGUGAAUGUAAAUACAGCCAAUGUCUUUCAAUUGAUGAGCGUGUGCCGUAUGACUCAGGAGAUGGCUGCAAACAUAGUUCACUAUCGGGAACGUAAAGGACCUUUUAAAUCUGUAGAUGAUCUUUCAAAAGUAAAAGGUCUUCCUCCUGAUAGGUUAUCUGUUGUAAAAAUCUAUCUCACUGUAGAUUCUUCUGUAAAUAGCUCAUCUUCUAAUCAUAACAAAAUUCCUCAGAAUUGUGUCUAUGGUAGACGUCUUAUAGGACAUCGUAGAACAAAUUCAGCCCCUAGUGGGUUGGAGAAGUCACGUUCCUGUGAUCCUAGUACAAAGGACUUUUAUGAACUAGUCUCUUCUCUCGUCACAAGGCCACCCUGCAGUGAUGCCUUGAAUUCUAGUUAUUUAGAUAGACCUGUUUUAAGGUUGGGUUCUUGGAAUUUACAGGAUUUUGCUGUUCAAAAAGCCAGAAAUCCUGGUGUUCAAGAGGUUAUUUGUCGGUCUAUCUUAGAAAAUGGGAUCAAUCUGUUGGCUGUUCAAGAAGUUGCAUCUCGAGAAGCUUUAUCUUUGAUUGCAUCUGAGUUGAAUGAGCCGAAAUUAUAUUCUGUACAAAGUUGGAGAGGUGAUCGUGGAAAAUGGCAUAGUUUAGUUCCUCCUCAAAGCAAUAAUGUUGAAAAUCUUCAUAAAAAACCUCUUUUGAAUGGUUUUCUUUAUGAUACAAGUCACGGUUUACAGUUACAAGAUUCUGCUGUCCUAUAUAUACCUCCCGAGAAAUUGAUGGGACUAACAGUUACCUGUCAACCUUUCUUUGGAAGUUUUAGGGUGAAAGGCAUUGAUUUUGUAGUGAUAUCAUUCAGUUUAGUAUCUGAAACUUAUGUUGCUAAACUCCUUCCUUCAAUCUUAGAACAACUGAAAGAAAAAAUACAAGGAAAGAAGAAUAUUUUCCUAGUUGGAGAUUUCAUACUUCCUCCUGGUCAUACUGUGUUUGAAGUGCUGAGCAGCCAAGGUUACACAAGUCUAGUUCCUGUUGAAACAUCUUUAAAUGACUCAUUAUGGCAAGAAGAAAGCCAUAUCUGGUCAAGUCUAAACAUUAGAAAAUAUUUUACUGGUCGCAGUGGAGUUGUUGUCAAUGGUCUUAGUCAU